AUGGUUUCCGAGGAUGUAGAGAUGCCCACAGGCGCUGGGCCGGUGGGAUCGGUGCAGAUGGUCACCAGCGCCUCCGUAACUCUGCUGCUCAGCCUCUACCGCUCCAUCCUUGAGGGGCCGAUGGCGCUGGUGGUGCCGGAGCACACUCGAGACGCCUGCUUCCAGCUGGUGUGCGACCUGCGCGCCAACACACCCAAGGACCGCCGCUUUCUGGCGCGCCACGCCGCCGCCCUUGCCCCACAUACCGCCCCCGGCUGGCUGGUGCGCCCAUGCCGCGGACGCGAUCUGCAGCCUGUGGUGCCUGGCCUGUUCCUGGCUGGCGCCAUGAGCGUGCUGUCGCUGUGGCUGCUGGGCGCUAUGCUGGUGACGGGCGCCGUGGCCUGCAGCGCCUUUAUGAUGUACAUCUCUAUCGCCGCCACUCUGGCGUGCCUGCGCAUGAUGGGCCGCCUGCUGCUGGGGCCCCCACGCCAGCCUCGCGGUCACCUUCCUGCGGCGCAGCUCAGCGGCCUGACUGGCAUCGAGGGCCAGCAGCGGUGCAGGGAAGGCGCCAACACACUGGCGCUGCCCCCCAUCCGAACCAAGUCCCCUACCAAGUCGCCUGUCAGCAGCGCCAACCACAGCCCGCAUGUAGAAGCGGCGCCCGGCUCCCCCAACAUUCCUGCCGCCACACCCACGCCUCGCAAGCUCAACCCGGCAGGAGCUGUAGCAGCCUCCACCCUGAGACACAGGCAGCUGCAGCAGCAGGACUAG